CCAGCCCUUGCUGGCCAUCACAGGGGUGUGGCUUGAGCUCGGUGGGCUGCAGCACAGUGGCCAUUGGUGGUUCAAGCCAGCACUGGGGUCAGCAGGGCAGUGAUGGGCGCAUCCUGGAGCCUGCCUGGACCCAUCUGCUUCUGGAAGGGGAGGGGAGAGGGAGGGAGAGGCAUCUUGUUUUUGAAACGGCUGCAGACCUGCACGUCUGAAUUAAAGGAGGUCAAACUGAGCUGUGUGCGGCCUUUGCUCCUGGAAUCCUGGACUGCUGAGGGACCGAGGUGCACUGCGCGCCGCCGUGCGGAGGGGCCCCCUCGCCCCAGUGCUGCUGGAGCAGCCGGGGGCUCACGUGGCCCGCGCACCGCAGGUGCCGCUCGGGUGAAAGCAGCCACACGGCCGUGGGUUUCGGCAGAAUCUGCUUCCACGUUGGCCUGGGAGGCGGGAGCGGCGGAGGGCUCGGCUUUCCAGCUCUUCAGCUGUCGGCACCCGUGCACUGGGCUGUGGCGUCCCCAGGACCGCGGCCUUGAAGUCUGUUCGGUGCCUGUGCCCGUGUGUGCUCGCCAACCUGCACAGAAAGCCGGGCUGUGAGCUGAAGGCCCGUGGCCACGCCAGGCUCCGGCCACCCCAGUGGCUCUGAACCUCUGUCUGUGUCCCCUGGGCCCAUGGCCUCGCCCUUCAGAGCCGCCUAAUCGGCCCUCCCCUGGCCAGGCCGGCCGGCCCCGCCUGGCACGCCGUUGUUCCCGGAAGGCAGGUCCGGGGCAGCCUGUCUGCUGGAAGCCACGCCCCCGCGGCCGAGGGCAGCCCCUACUCUCAGAGAAAGCCCCGCCUCAAACUGCCAUCUGGGGGCCCCUGGUGUGGGAGGGAGGGAGCCUCAGGGCCUGGCCCACCCCGGCCCCCCCGGUCCCUGGGCAGCCGUGGUGUGCCACCAGGCCGGGGCACAGGGCACUGCUUGGUGGAGCCACCAAGGCUAGGGAAACCAGGCGCAGCCCCCGGUGCCCACGGCCUUCCGGCUCUGCCGGCUCUGCCCUGGGCCGGGGCAGCCCCCGUUGCCAAGCUCCGCACAGACCCCCCUUCUCCCGCAGGUGCAGCUGGACGCCUGGCCCCCGCCCUCUGCCUCCCCCUCCCGCAGAGCCUGAGGGUCCCAGCAGGCCAUGCAGCUGUGCCCAGGUACGGAGGCCCCAGCAGAGGACAGGCCAGCUCCUGGUCUCUGGGGCUCACUGUGUCCACUGACACCUGCAGAGGAACAGCCGGCUCCAGCCUCGGCCGCUGGAGUCCCCGGUGCCCGGGCCCUGAGCCAGGGAGUGACACCUGUGGGUCCACUGCUGCCCGGAGGCCUCGGGACCGGCAGCCGCCCUGGUGGUAACCCGGCCAGGGACCCCGCGGUGGCAGCACGUCCUGACAGCCACCCGCCGGCCCCAGCCAGGCAGCCCCAGCCUCUGCUCUCCCGGGCCCCGCGCCCCCGUGCUGAGAGCGAGGUGAGGCCGCCGCGGGCCUGGCCCGGUGGGGGAGGCGCUCCGGCGGCUGAGGCCACCCCAGGCCCACUGAGAAUGCACAUCCUUCGCCCGAGGGGUGGGACUUCCUGGAGGGAGUGGGCUUCUAGUCCCUCCCUCACCACUCACUGCAAACGCCCCUGAGCCGGUGCCCAGUGCCAAGGCCCAGGGGAGGGUGGCAGCCGUGAGCCAUCUUGGGGGUGCGACAGGGCCAGGAGGUGGUUUCCCCAUGACCCCAGUGACCCCUGAGGCCCAGAGGGCAGGGCUCCUGCUGGGAGCUGGUGGCAGGACCAGGCCUGACCCAGGAGCCUGCUCUGAGGUCGCCCCCUGCCGCUGCCCUUCCAGCUGUGACUGAAGGGAGCAGGCACCUCAGCUGCUGCCCUGUCCCGGCACCUCCCUGACUCAGGCCACUGCCAGAGCCCUGCGGUGCCAGGCGGGGGCUGGGCGGCGCAGGGCUCCUCAGGGCCAGCAGGGCCAUGGCAUGGACCAUGGCUUCUCUGCGCUGUCCUCACAGCUCCCUGCCCAUGGCCCAUGGCUGCCCCGGGCACCUGAGCCAGCUCCUAAGCCCACCUUCCCGAGACACAGCCUCACCGCCUCACGGUGCCCUCCCCUGGAGGUCAGGGUCUGUCCCCUGGCCCUCGGACAGGCCAGCCUCUGUCACAUCCUCACAGGCCCGAAGGAGGGGGAGGGUCCUCCAGCCCUGGACCCAGCCGACCAGCAGCCACCUGUCUGAGGCCGCCCGGGAGGCGGUGACGGAGCCUUGGCCGGGCCUCAGCAGUUGGCAUCGGCUGCUCCGUGGUGCAGAGGAGCCUGCCAGCCGGCGGGGGCCACACCCAGCCCGGCUACCUGCCUGGGGCCAAAGCCUGGCCCGGCCCCUGCCUGCAGGUGACCUCACGUCUGUAAAGCGGGAGUUAACAGAGCUGGUCUCCCUCACACGCGUGUGGAGGGUCCACGCAGAAGGCACACAGGACAGCGUGUAGGACGGAGCCCGCACCCGGUGCUCAGUGCUCCUCAGCGUUGUCUCAUGGGGUCUGACAGGGGCCACGCAGCUGGAGGGAGGAAACCAAGCAGCUGGCUCAUUGGCUCCCGUCCCAGGAUGGGGAGGGGCAGAAGGACCACAGUGCAGUGGGAGCACUUCCGAGAGGAGGUGGGGUCAGAGCAGGUUUGAAGGAUGAGGAGGAGUUCGCCAGUGAGAGCAAAGGCUAGUCUAGGCUACUGGGGCGGGGUGGGUCCGAUCAUCCGUUCACCUACUUUCUCAGGAGCCUUGCCGGCCCUUUCCUGUGGGUCUGGGGACGCAGGAGGAAGGCUGGGCUGGUGCCAGCUCAGUGUGGCCGGGGCCAUAGUGGAGCUGCCCAGGGCAGAGGGCCCCCCACACUGGCUCCCGACUCCUCUCUGGCCUCAGCCCACCCGGCACCCUGGCCGGCCAGCAGCCCCUGCAGGAGGGAGGCGGCCGCUCCCCCACGGCCUGGGGUGCCACGUGCAUUACCCACUGUAAGGCGUGAGCCUGUGGUCCGGGCCGCUGUGUGUGGGGGGUGGGGAGGGCACGGCCUUGGGAGAGGAGCCGAGGCAUGUCCCUGAGGGUGUCUGCUCCUUGUCCCCUCCCCCUUCAUGCCCGUCUCUGCCCGCCUCGCCACCUGUCUCCUCAGUCUCCAUCCCCCUCUCCGCCUGCCCCAUCUCCGGGUCUUGUCCCACCCCCAUCCUGGGCUCUCUGGGCUGCGGCCUGCGGGGGCCUGCGGGGGCCGGGGCUGCGGGAGCCAGGUGGCCUGGUGUGGGCGCCGGGGCCUGUGUGGCCUUGGCCACGGAGGCCUGGCGGCUGGCUGGGCCGGGCGGGGCGGAGGCAGGGCCGGGACCUGGGCCGUGGUGUCGGCCCGGCCCGCCCGCUGCAGUAUUGAUGGCCCGUCACGGCGGCCCCGAUUCCUGCGCUUUCAGUUAAAAGGUUUCUGUUGUUGUAGCUGAUGCAGUUGCUCUGUUGCUAUGGAAACGUGACAUCAAAAUGACGUUUCCCGUUUAAAAGCUUUUAACUAAAUUCCUGCCUGUCAGAUGUAGGCCCCAUUUUGAGCGCGGAGCUGCCUUCCCAGAGCCGGGCUCGCGCGGCGCCGGCCGCCCUGAGCGCCCGCUCCCCGCAGGCGCCGCUGGCAUGGCCGCGGCCGAGGUGCCCGGCUCCCUGGUGUCCCCGCAGGCCGAGAAGCACCGGCGCGCCCGCAACUGGACCGACGCCGAGAUGCGCGGCCUCAUGCUGGUCUGGGAGGAGUUCUUCGAGGAGCUGAAGCAGACCAAGCGCAACGCCAAGGUGUACGAGAAGAUGGCCUGCAAGCUGCUGGCCAUGACGGGCGAGCACCGGCUGGGCGAGGAGAUCAAGAUCAAGAUCACCAACAUGACCUUCCAGUACAGGAAAUUAAAAUGCAUGACAGAUAGCGAGUCCGUCCCGCCCGACUGGCCCUAUUACCUAGCCAUUGAUAGGAUUCUGGCCAAGGCCCCCGAGUCCUGUGAUGGCAAACUGCCGGACGGCCAGCAGCCGGGGCCCUCCACGUCCCAGACCGAGGAGUCCCUGUCGCCGUCGGCUAAGUCCACCCCUCUGUACUUACCGUAUAACCGGUGCUCCUACGAAGGCCGCUUCCAGGACGACGGCUCCUCCAGCUCCUCCAGCUUACUGUCCCUUAAGUUCAGGUCCGAGGAGCAGCCGGUGAAGAAGCGCAAGGCGCCGGGCGCGUUCCGCAAGCGGAAGCUGCGGCUGCUGGGGGCGAUGCUGGAGGAGCAGCGGCGGCUGAGCCGCGCCGUGGAGGACACCUGCCGCGAGGUGCGCCGCGUGCUGGACCAGCAGCACCUGCUCCAGGUGCAGGGCCUGCAGCUGCAGGAGCGCAUGAUGAGCCUGCUGGAGAAGAUCCUCGCCAAGCCCAGCGGCUAGCCGGCCCGGCCCACCCUGUGCCCCUGCUGCCCCUGCCCUGCGCCCCCGCCUCCAGGUGCAGGGCCUGCAGCUGCAGGAGCGCAUGAUGAGU